GAAGCGUGGCGAAAUGAGUACGAAGGUGGAGAAUGACAGAGAGAAAGCCUCGGAACCUCCAAAAGAAAUCAAGGAAAUACUGAAGGAGUUCCAAUACAUUCUUCCCGACGACCUCCCGGACGAGCUACCGCCAUACCGAACGCACCAACAUGAGAUCGUGGAGGAACCAGGUUCGAAGCCGACCUUCCGAGCACCAUAUCGGCUCAGCCCCACAGAGGUAGCCGACAUGAAGAAGCAGAUCGAGUAUCUCCUCGCCAAAGGACUCAUCCGACCAUCCACUUCAUUGUACAGUGCCCCAAUACUCUUCACACCAAAACCAGAUGGAAGCCUGCGCAUGUGCAUCGACUACCGAGCUCUCAACAAGCAGACCAUCAAGAACAAAUACCAGAUUCCACGAAUCGAUGAUCUGAUCGACCGGCUUCGGGGAGCCACGGUAUUUUCAAAAUUAGAUCUGCGGUCCGGAUACUGGCAGAUAAGAAUGGCGGACGAUUCCCUUCACAAAACUGCCUUCCGGACUCGGUACGGAUCAUUCGAGUAUCUGGUGAUGCCCUUCGGACUCACCAACGCACCUGCAUCAUUCCAAGCAGAGAUGAAUCACAUCCUACGCCCACUCUUGGACGAAUGCAUGGUGGUGUACCUGGAUGACAUCCUCGUCUACUCGCGCGACAUCCAACAACACGUGGAACACUUACCACGCGUCUUCGAGAUUCUUCGACGAGAACGCUUCUAUGUCAAACUAUCCAAGAGCAACUUCGCCCUCGAGAAAGUUCAAUUUCUCAAACAUAUCGUAAGCACUCAAGGAGUUCACGUCGACCCCAAGAAAAUCGAAGCCGUGCGUACGUGGAAGACACCCGAGAAUGGAAGGAGUUACAGCAGUUCUUUGGCUUCGUUAACUACUACAACAUGUUCGUGCCACAAUACGCGAAGAUCGCCGCGCCACUCACGAAUCUGCUAAAAAAGAUGCGCCCUAUAAAUGGGAGCCGAAGCA